AUGGCUGAUCCACGGGCCUACACGGUCGGCUGGAUCUGCGCUGUCCUCGUCGAAUACGUUGCGGCGCAAACAUUCCUUGAUGAGGAACACGAGGGACCCGCUUAUCUGUCUCCAAACGAUGCCAACGACUACACUCUGGGUAAAAUGGGCGGGCAUAACGUUGUUAUCGCUGUCUUACCCAACGGGGAGUAUGGUACCUCCUCUGCUUCGGGUGUUGCAAGGGACUUGUUGCACAGCUUUCCCAAUGUUAAGCUUGGUCUUAUGGUUGGCAUAGCUGGCGGCGCGCCCCGCCUAGAUGACGAUGUCGUACACGAUAUCCGUCUCGGGGACAUUGUUGUCAGCUCCCCGGGCCGGGGUAGAGGGGGUGUGCUCCAUUACGACUUCGGUAUACAACGGCAAGAAGGCUUUACACAGACUGGAUUUUUAAACCAGCCACCAACUAUCCUUCGGACGGCAGUCAGCGGGUUGAGGUCCCAGUAUGAGAUAAAGGGGCAGAAGCUCCAGGCGUCCAUUGACAGUAUCCUCAAUAAAUACCCCACUCUACGGGAGAACUACUCGCGGCCAGAGGCGAGCAGUGACCGCCUUUAUCGAAGCAACGUUACCCAUCCCAAUGCCAACGGAUUGGGCUGUGAAACAGUAUGUGGGGAUGAUGCUUCGAGCCUGCGAGGUCGACCGGAACGCCCGGCUAACAGAGAUCGCCCGGUGAUUCACUAUGGGUUGAUUGCAUCCGGAAAUCAGUUAAUGAAGGAUGCUUUAUUGCGGGAUCGGCUUUCCAGGGAGGAAGGGGUCUUGUGUUUUGAAAUGGAGGCAGCCGGUCUGAUGAAUCAGUUUCCCUGCCUUGUGGUUCGUGGUAUAUGCGACUAUUCUGACUCUCAUAAAAAUGACAAGUGGCAAGGAUACGCUGCGAUGGUGGCAGCAUCCUACGCAAAGGAUCUCCUAUGUCGAAUCAGUCCGAGCCGGGUGGAUCACGAGAAAAGGCUUUGUGAGGUGCUCUCUAGUGUCGAAGCGAAAGUUGAACGAUUUUUGCACAACCACGAAUAUCAAGCUGUCCUUGACUGGCUCACUCCAACGGAUUAUUCCCCCAAGCAAAAUGAUGCCAUCAGACGCCGGCAUAAGGGAACUGUGAACUGGCUACUGGGGUCCAGAGAGUUUAAUGAAUGGAUCACGGGCAAUAAUUCGACAUUGUUCUGUCCUGGGAAGCCAGGGGCGGGAAAGACAACGGCAACAUCUUUGGUCAUUGAUUUUCUCUCAAAGGAGCUUGAGAAUCCCUCAAGCAUUGGGAUCGCAUACGUGUAUUUCAACUUCCGGGAACGACAACAGCAGCAAUUAGAGGAUCUCUUACUAAGCAUGAUAAAACAGCUGGUAAGACCCAACGCCCUUGGCGGCAUCAAAACAUUCUACCAGAGUCACAUGCGGAAAAAGACCAGGCCAACUGUUGAUGAGAUCCUUGACGUUGUUACAAGAGUCGUUGCCCGGUUUUCCCGAGCUUUUCUCGUCGUCGAUGCAUUGGAUGAAUGCCAUACGGCGUCGAGGUUUCUGUCGGUACUAUUCGAGCUGCAAGUCAGGUCUGGCGCAAGUGUAUUUGCUACAUCACGGUUCAUACCAGAGAUCAUGACAUUAUUCAGCGGAUGCCCAUCGAUUGAAAUCCGGGCUACGGACGCAGAUAUUGCGAAGUAUAUCGCUGAAAACAUUGCACAUGAGCUGCGACCAAUCGUCCUGGAGGAGCCUGACAUGCCUAGAGAUAUCAUCACUGGCAUUGUCAGCGCCUCUGAUGGCAUGUUUCUCCUCGCGCAACUGUAUCUAGAACUACUCGGUAACCAGACAACACCGAAGGCUGCAAGGCUUACGUUGGAAAGCUUUCAAAAGAUGCCUCUGGCUGAAAAGAAAGACAGUGGCGAUGACUUGCUGGACUCCGCAUAUCAGCGUGUAAUGGAGAGAAUUGAGGACCAGAGGGAGGGGUUGCGGCGGCUUGCCAAACGGGCCUUAUCUUGGAUUGUCUGCUCAAUGCGGCCACUCCAGCCGCUAGAGCUUCAACACGCUCUUGCCGUGGAAGAUGACACAUCUGAGCUGGACGAGAAAAACAUGCCCAACCUCGCAGACCUCGUUUCUGCGUGCGCCGGGCUAGUUACGGUAGAUGGUGACAGCAAAAUCAUCCGACUCGUGCACUACACCGCGCAAGAAUACUUUGAGCGAACUUGGACAGUCUGGUUCCCUGGCGCGCAUGUGGACAUCGCAAAGACUUGCAUCACCGCCCUCAAAUUUGAUAGCUUUAACGCCGACCCAGGCGCUGCACAAGAGGGUGGACGAAAAAUAAGCGAUUCCCACCUUCUGCACGACUAUGCAUUACAGAACUGGGGACAUCAUGUCCGCCUGUCCGCGACCGAUGGGGAGCAGCUCGCCUUGCGCUUUCUUCGGGACGAGAGACGCAUGACCCAGUACAUCAGAGGCAUGGCCUUGGCCUGCUCCCUUCUGGGUCCUAACGGUGAAAACGACGGAGCAUCUGUUCAGGUUGCAGCGUACUUUGGAUUGCGAAACGCCCUGGCACUGCUGCUUGGCGAAGGUGAUUGUCGAAAGCAUACCAAGUAUGUGCAGGACCUGGAAGUGAAGAGGGACCGGAAGGCAGAGGCUAAAGAGCGAGCCGAGUCGAGGCUCUCAAAUCUCUUACUACUGGCCGCAUCAGAAGGGCAUGCCGGAACUGUGGAGCUAUUACUCGAGAUGGGUGCGCAGGUCGGGUCGUCAUCUAUGUGGGCUCCCAGCCCGAUGGUGAUGGCCGCGCAGGGAAACCAUGCUCCGGUCGUGGGCCUGCUACUAGAGCAUGGUAUCCCCCUGGAAGGAGGAGCCCUCAUCGCAGCUGCAGGGGCUGGUAGAGAAAGAGCCGUCCAUCUGCUUCUCGACAAGGGCGCAGGCGUGGACUGGAAAGACUCGCACGGCAACACAGCACUGUCAUGCGCUGCAGCAAAUGGACACGAAAGGCUUGUGCGGCAGCUGCUUCAUCGUGGCGCCAGUCUCGAGUCCGGAGAUUCUGACGGUAUGGAUCCAUUACUACGGGCAGCGAUGGCGGGACAUGAACCAAUAGUAAAGGUGUUACUUGAACGUGGGGCUUGUAUCGAGGUCAUGGACGCCGCCGGGAGAACACCUCUGCUAUUGGCGGAAGCGCAUGGGCGCGAAGCUGUUGUUCUGACGCUGCUCCGUCAGGGUGCUCGCCGUGUCGAAGAUUCUCUGGGCCGGACACCCUUGCUUUGGGCAGCGGAGACUAGGCGAGAGGCCGUGCUGCGCUUGCUUUCAGAGGAGAGUGCUACGCUGGAGGAAGUAGAUUCUGAUAAUCGAACCCCACUCUUGUGGGCUGCAAUCAAUGAACAAGAAGCGAUGGUCAAGCUGCUCGUCGACAAGGGUGCGCACCUGGAGGUACGGGACGACAGAGGUCGAACCCCAUUGUUAUUGGCGGUCGUCGCUAAACAAGCGGCGCUGGUACGAUUUCUUCUCGAAAAAGGGGCCGAUCUCGAGGCGGAAGACGAUGAUGGCCGAACUGCCCUCCUGUGCGCAGUAAUGGGUGGAGACGCGCAACUGGCGGAGUUUCUGGUCGAUCAGGGCGCUUGUUUGCAUGCAGCGGAUAACAAGUAUGAGCGGACAGCACUACUGUGGGCCUCAAGACGAAACGUUCCAACGCUAGUAAAGCUGUUACUAAAGAAAGGCGCCUGCAUCGAUGAUGAGGAUUAUGACGGUCAAACCUCGCUGUCUUUGGCUGCGAGGUACGGCUAUGACAGAGUAGUACACCUGCUGGUUGAGAACGGGGCCUGUAUAGACAGUGAGGACGAUCAUAGGCGAACACCAAUUGUGUGGGCUUCUCUCAACAACCAUCAUAUGAUUGUAAACCUUCUGGCAAAGCAUACCCGAGUGGCUUGA